GCGCGCGAUACCACGGCACUCUGCUGCCGACACACGCGCGAGCUUGGGCGACAUGUGGCAGCUUUGUGUGGUGUUACUGGUCGCUGCGCACGCGCAGGCCUGUGAGUUGAGGCCGCGCGAGCCUGCGAGGCCCAAGUCCCCGGGAGACAACUUCUACAGGCUAAUCGUCAACGGAGAAGUGGAGCGAUAUGCUCCCGGAGAGAGAUACGUGGUGACGUUGGUGGGAUCCCGCACCCACGAUGUAGUGCAGCAGUUCACGAAGUUCCAGCUCAAGCUGGACCCCCUCGACCCCGCUGCACUGCGGGCGCCUAGCAAGCAAGGACAGUUCCAGCUGUUCGCUGACACCCUCACCAGGUUCGACGAGGAGUGCACCAACUCCGUCAUCGAGUCUGAUGACCUGCCCAAGACUGAGGUGCAGGUUAUGUGGAAGGCGCCCCCUGCCGGCUCCGGUUGUGUGCUGCUCAAGGCGAUGGUGUACGAGAACGCGAGCCGCUGGUUCGCGGAGGACGGCCAGCUGACCAAGCGAGUGUGUGAGGACACCUCGCUGCAGUCCAGCGACUGCUGCGCCUGCGACGAUGCCAAGUACAGGAUGGUGUUCGAAGGUUUGUGGUCACCACAGACACACCCCAAGGAUUUCCCAGUGCAGGCCAUGUGGCUGACACACUUCUCUGACGUCAUCGGCGCCACGCAUCCCAAGAACUUCAAAUUCUGGGGAGAAGGAGAGAUCGCUACCGACGGCUUCAGGUCAUUGGCGGAGUGGGGUUCAGUAGGGCUACUGGAGGCGGAGCUGCGGCAGCAGGGCUCAAAGCUGCGCUCAAUCGUGAAGGCGCAGGGGCUGUGGCACCCUCGGGUCAACUCCAACACCAGCGCCGCCUUCACCACUGACAGGAAGAGGCCCUUCCUCUCACUCGCUUCCAUGUUCGGUCCAUCUCCCGACUGGGUGGUUGGCGUGAGCGGUCUGAACCUGUGCCAGAAGGACUGCACCUGGGCCGAGUCCAAGGUGGUGGACCUGUUCCCCUACGAUGCUGGUACCGACAACGGCAUCUCCUACAUGUCACCAAACUCGGAGACAGUACCUCGCGAGAAGAUGUACCGCAUCACGCCCAUGUACCCGGAGGACCCUCGCGCACCGUUCUACAAGCCUGGCGCGACUGAGGUGCCUCCCAUGGCGCGCCUCUACCUCACGCGGGAGCGCCUCAUCUCCCGCUCGUGUGACGAGGAGGUACUGCUGCAGCAAGUUGUGGAGGAGGAGGAGAACACGCAGACUGUCAGCAGGCCGGAGUGCGCGGUGACGGAGUGGAGCGCGUGGUCGCAGUGCUCGGUGAGCUGCGGCAAGGGGCUGCGCAUGCGCACCCGCGAGUACCGCAUGCCGCAGAAGGCGCAGAUGUUCUCUUGCGACCGCCAGCUCGUCUCCAAGGAGAUGUGUGUCGCCGCCGUGCCAGAGUGCGAAGGUGACAACGGAGUUCCUGAAGACUCGGACAACAACGCGACCCCCAUUGAGGCCAACGAGGGCAUCUGCGAGACGUCGGAGUGGGGCCCGUGGAGCGAGUGCUCCGUCACCUGCGGCGUCGGGGUCUCUACGCGACGGAGGCACUUCCUCAACCACAUGGGCAUCAAGAAGUGCCCGCUCGUGGCCACGGAGGAGAACCGCAAGUGUAUGGAGCCGCAGUGCGCGGAGGAGGAGCGCGAGGUGUCGGACCCGGCGUGCCCCACGACGGAGUGGGCGGCGUGGUCGCCGUGCUCGGCGUCGUGCGGCCGCGGCGUGCGCUUCCGCAUGCGCCUGCUGCUGGUGCCGGCCGACCGCCAGCAGGACUGCUCCGCCAAGGUCGAGCUCAUGCAGCAGCGGCCCUGCCAGGAGCGGGACAGCUGCGCCAUCGACAUGCUCACUGCUAAACGUAUUUGCAUGGAGGAGGCGGACCCUGGCCCGUGCCGCGGGCUGUACCAGCGCUGGACGUUCAUGGCUCAGAAGGGUAUGUGCGUGCCCUUCGCAUACGGAGGCUGUCGCGGCAACCAGAACAACUUCAUCACGCAGGAGGACUGCACCAACACCUGCAGCGUCAUACUAGGAGGAGGCGCCCCACCGGCAGGUCUCCCACCACAAUUGGGUCCAGUACCGGGCGCAUUGCCGGGCCCUACACUCAACAACGCCGUGCCAACGUCCAAUAACGUUAAUGGACCAUCUCUGGCUCAGGCCGGGGACUGCCAAGUGAGUCCGUGGGGCGAGUGGAGCAAGUGCUCCGUCUCCUGCGGCACCGGAUACCAGGAGCGCACCAGGACUGUGCUGGUGCAGCCGGGUCCGGGCGGCGCAGCGUGUCCACGCGCCAUGGCUCGGCGCAGGCGCUGCUACAGAAAGUGUUAACUUCUAACCGCACAAUUAAUAUAAUACUACUUACUACUACUAACUGGGCUCAGAUGUACUCUUGACACUCGAACCAAUCAGGAAUAGUAUAGAAAAAGAAACAUUCUUAUAGUUUGACUUCAAAUGAUGUAUAGACAUACAAAGCGCACAUUGUGUCAGUGUACGUGAGCCCCUAAUCCCUUUACUUAAGCACUUAAAAUAAUGCAUUUCCCGGCAUUUAAUUUUAACAUUUUUCUACGUUUUGUAUUGAACACACCGAAGCCUUAGUAAAUAAAUGAAUGCUUGCAAGAACCUCGUCUUUCGUUUGUGAU